CGCGCUGGCGGCGGCGGCGUCAGUGCCCGGCGGGGAGCGGGUCCCGGGCGGACCGCCGGACCCAGGGCGAAGGGGGGCGUCUAGGGUGACUGGGAGCUCCCUUGCCGGGCCCUCGACGGCUUGAUGGAGUAAGAAGGGACGGCUGUGAGUGUUUGUUGAGUGCUUCAGAUCUGAUCACUAUGGUAAGAGAACGAAAAUGCAUAUUGUGCCACAUUGUGUACAGCUCGAAAAAGGAGAUGGACGAACACAUGCGGAGCAUGUUGCAUCACAGGGAACUUGAGAACCUGAAAGGCAGGGACAGUAGUCAUGAGUGCCGAGUGUGCGGGGUCACAGAAGUGGGUCUCUCUGCUUAUGCAAAACACAUUUCUGGCCAGUUGCACAAAGAUAACGUUGAUGCCCAAGAAAGAGAAGAUGAUGGAAAAGAAGAGGAAGAGGAAGAAGAUUACUUUGACAAGGAACUUGUUCAGUUAAUAAAAGAAAGAAAAGAACAAAAUCGACAAAAUGAACCAUCCAAUAACAACCAAGAAGUAAACUCAGAUGACAGGCAACCCCAGUGGAGACGAGAGGACCGAAUCCCUUACCAAGACAGAGAGAGCUAUAGUCAGCCAACAAGGCAUCAUCGUGGACCUCCACAGCGGGAUUGGAAAUGGGAAAAGGAUGGGUUUAAUAACACUAGGAAAAAUAGCUUUUCACAUUCUUUGAGAAACAGUGGUGGGCCAAGAGGAAGUUCUGGAUGGCAUAAAGGUGCUACAAGAGGUUCAGCUUGGUUCCACAAUCAUGGUAAUUCUGGAGGUGGCUGGCAUUCAAAUAGUGGGAUGGUGGAUUGGAAUUACAGUGGUACAGGAAGGAAUUCCAGUUGGCAUUCUGAAGGAACAGGUGGCUUUUCCAGUUGGCAUAUGAACAACAGCAACGGAAACUGGAAAUCUAAUGUACGUGGUACGAAUAGUUGGAAUUACAGUGGCUCUGGAGACAAAUUUCAACCAGGCAGAAACAGAAAUUCUAACUAUCAAGUGGAAGACAUGACAAAGAUGUGGAACAAGAAAUCUAAUAAGCCAAGCAAGUACAAUCAAGAGAGGUAUAAAUGGCAGUGGCAAGAUAAUGACAAAUCUAAUAAAUACAGAAAUCCUUCUGAGGGAUUUGCUAGUGAUAAAUUUCCUUCAGAAGGCUUACUUGAAUUCAACUUUGAGCAGCCAGAAAGCCAAACCACUAAACAAAUAGACAUGGCAGCCUCAAAAAUUAAUGGAAAGAAUGGCAAUACAGCAAGGGAAAAGUUCCGGCGCUGGGCUCCUUACCCUUCCAAGAAGACUCCAGAUUUACAGUCAGCACUGAAAGAAGUCACUGGUAAAAAGUCAGAAACUUUAGAUAAACCUCUCUUUAAUUUUAGCUUAAUAACUGCAGGAGUAAAAGAACCAGUUGAUAAAACAAGUAACCCCCCAAGGCUAAAAACACAAAAAGAAAUACAUGCUGGAUCUCUCAAUCACAAAGCCAUUUCUGAUGGCACUACUUCCUGUGAGGUGGUGAGAGAUUGCCCCAUUACAGAGCAAUCUGAACCACAAUGCAAGUCAAAUAAGAUUCCAUUGUUGAAGUCUCCACUCCUUCCACUUCCAACCCCUAAAUCAGUUCCUCACAAGUAUAGCUCAAAGAAUCCCUCAAAAAACAGUGAAACAAAAUCUUUUUCUCUUGGAGAACACUUAACUCCCCCAAACAAAUCCACUUUAGGAGAUAACCAUGGUUCUUCCUAUACAUCCAAAUUACAUAGUUUAUGUCCUCGUGCCUUUAAAGGGAAUAAACCUGUAUCUGGCACUCAAAAGGAACCUGAUGAGAAUUUAAAAGAUACAUCACAAAAAUCCCAGGAGGUGCUUCAGAGUCACAAGACAUUGCAAAAUCCACUUCUUAGUGUUCCUAAACGGACUGAGAGCCAGGCAAAAGGAAGUAGGAAUGCAGAAGAGUCUACAAAAGAAUCUUUGACGACCCAAGCACAGGCAGUUGAAGACGAAAGUGGUGGAAAGACCUCUGAUCCAGAGAAGCAUGGAACAGAAAGUGGAAGCUUGGAUCCUGCAACUACAGAAGUAGUAUCCUGCAGCACUCAUGCUGUUGAUCAGCAAGAAGGGGGUGAGCAGGUCCUAAAGACAUCAAGAAAACCUUCUACCUCCCCAUACAUUUCCACAGUUCUGCAAAAAGAGUUGGAAUCACAAAUGACAUCUGCAGUCAGUCCACACUCUGACUUACUGCUAGACUUGAAAACCCCAAUAGAAGAUGCACAGGGUGAGAACCCUGUUAAAUCUCAUGUACCUUUUGAAACAGAAGGCUUUGAGGGUACUAGCUUAGAUGCAGAACUUCAAAAAAAUGGUAUCAGUCAGCCCCCAGGCACUCUCCUGCCUGAACUAAGUAAACUUGGUUUUCCUGCCUCACUCCAGAGAGAUCUCACUCGGCACAUUAGUUUGAAAAGCAAAACCGGAACACAUCUUCCAGAGCCAAACCUCAAUAGUGCUCGACGUAUUCGCAACAUUAGUGGUCACCGAAAGAAUGAAACAGAGAAGGAGUCUGGACUUAAGCCAACCCUGAGGCAGAUUCUAAAUGCCUCACGGAGAAAUGUCAACUGGGAACAGGUCAUUCAGCAAGUAACCAAGAAAAAGCAAGAGCUGGGCAAAGGUUUACCCAGGUUUGGCAUAGAAAUGGUACCUUUGGUUCAAAAUGAACAGGAAGUCUUGGAUUUAGAUGAGGAGCCUGAUCUAUCUAGUCUCGAAGGAUUCCAGUGGGAAGGUGUUUCCAUUUCUUCAUCCUCUGGCUUGGCAAGAAAGCGAAGCCUUUCUGAAAGCAGCGUGAUCAUGGACAGGGCUCCUUCUGUGUAUAGCUUCUUUAGCGAGGAAGGUACCGGCAAAGAAAAUGAGCCCCAGCAGAUUAUUUCACCAUGUAACUCAUUGAGUGCUACACAGAGUCAAAAGGCAACCAUGUACUUUAAACAGGAAGUGGCACCUCUGAGUCCCUCCCUCAGAUCAGGUGAAAGGGCUGGAAACAUUCCUACUCAAAGGCGACAUAGUGCACAGUUGCCAUCUGAUCAUAUAAUACCUUUAAUGCAUUCAGCCAGAGACCUGAAUAGCCAAGAGAGGUCUAUGCCACCAUCAGAACAUCAGAAUGCCCAGGAGAGUAAUGGAGAAGGAAACUCUCUCUCAUCAAAUGCAUCUUCAGUCCAAGCAAUCUGCAGCGUAGCAGAUGCGGCCACUGAUAGCAGCUGUACCUCUGGUGCAGAGCAAAAUGAUGGUCACAGUAUUAGGAAGAAACGAAGAGCCACUGGAGAUGGAUCUUCCCCUGAACUCCCAAGUCUUGAGAGAAAAAAUAAAAGAAGAAAAAUUAAAGGAAAGAAAGAACGUUCUCAGGUUGACCAGCUACUUAGCAUUUCCUUACGAGAGGAAGAACUAAGCAAGUCGCUGCAGUGCAUGGAUAACAACCUUCUGCAGGCCCGAGCAGCCCUACAGACAGCUUAUGUUGAAGUUCAGAGGCUGCUCAUGCUCAAGCAGCAGAUCACUGUGGAGAUGAGUGCACUAAGGACUCACAGAAUACAAAUUCUGCAAGGAUUACAAGAAACAUAUGAACCUUCUGAGAACCCAGACCAGGCACCCUGUAGCCUCACAACACGAGAACAAAGAAACAGCAAGUCUCAGACAUCUGUUGAAAACACACUGCUGCCUGCUCCCUUUUUCCCAGUUUUUCUGGAGCCGCCUCCUUCCCGUGUGUCUCCAUCAUCCACUGGAACCCCUCUUCAAGUAACCACAUCUACUUUCCAAGCCCAUGGCACUGUUCCUGAUUCAUCAAUUCAGAUUAAACAAGAGCCCAUGUCUCCUGAACGAGAGGGGAAUGUGAAUGCUCUGUCACAAGGCUCUACCUGCAAUGUAUCCAAGGAACUACUGCAAACUGAUAGAGAGGUCAGUGACAGCUGUCCAAUUUAUCCAGCUGUCACUGCGGCAUUGACAUCAGAGUCAACAGAAAGUUGCCCUGAACCUAACCAAGAUCUGAAUUUUUCUGUGGAUCAAGGAAAUUCCAGGAGCAGAGAAGAUUCUCCCUCUCCCCAAUCUCCUGAUAUUCCUGGCAUAAGUAAAGGUGAAGAAUCAACCAAAGGCAACAGUGGCUCUGAAGCCUGUAGCAGUUCUUUUCUAAGAUUGUCUUUUGCUUCAGAAACCCCUCUGGAGAAGGAAACUCCCUCCCCAGCUGAACAUCCUGAGCAGCAGGCAGAAUCCACUCUGACAUCAGCUGAAACCAGAGGGAACAAGAAAAAGAAGAAACUUCGGAAGAAGAAAACACUACGGGCUGCUCAUGUUCCUGAGAAUAGUGACACUGAACAGGAUGUAUUUACUGCUAAACCUGCAAGAAAAGCAAAAACUGGAAAGUUAACUAAAGGGGGGAAAGUCACAACCUCUACAUGGGAAGAUAGCAAAACUGGUCAGGAGCAAGAAACUAUGAGAGAUGAACCAGAUAGCGAGUCCUCCCUGGAAGUUCUAGAACUUCCAAACCCUCAGCUAGAAGUAGUUGCCAUUGAUUCUUCUGAAUCUGGAGAAGAGAAACCAGACAGCCCCUCUAAAAAAAAUGCCUGGAACUCCGCAGAGCAAAACCCAGUAGAAGCUUCUCGUUCUGGCUGCGAUGAAGUUAGCUCUACCAGUGAAAUUGGUACCCGCUACAAGGAUGGUAUUCCUGUAAGUGUGGCAGAAACUCAAACUGUGAUCUCCUCCAUAAAAGGAUCAAAGAACUCUUCAGAAAUAUCUUCGGAGCCAGGAGAUGAUGAAGAACCCACAGAAGGAAGUUUUGAGGGCCACCAGGCUGCAGUGAAUGCAAUUCAAAUAUUUGGAAACUUACUAUAUACUUGUUCAGCAGACACAACUGUCCGAGUUUAUCAUCUGGUGAGUCGGAAGUGUAUUGGUGUCUUUGAGGGUCAUACUUCCAAAGUGAAUUGCCUCCUGGUCACUCACACCUCUGGGAAGAACUCAGUCCUUUACACUGGUUCCAGUGAUCACACCAUUUGCUGCUAUAAUGUUAAGACCCGAGAAUGUGUGGAGCAGUUACAGCUGGAAGACCGGGUUCUCUGCCUUCAUAAUAGAUGGCGAAUCCUCUAUGCUGGGCUGGCAAACGGUACUGUAGUCACCUUCAACAUAAAGAACAACAAACGACUAGAGAUCUUUGAAUGCCAUGGCCCUCGGGCAGUCAGCUGUCUUGCCACAGCUCAGGAAGGUGCCAGAAAGCUGCUGGUCGUAGGAUCUUAUGACUGUACCAUUAGUGUUCGUGAUGCACGGAAUGGACUACUCCUCAGAACUCUGGAGGGUCAUAGCAAAACCAUUCUUUGCAUGAAGGUGGUGAAUGACCUUGUGUUCAGUGGCUCCAGUGAUCAGUCAGUCCACGCUCACAACAUCCAUACUGGUGAGCUCGUGCGUAUCUAUAAAGGUCACAAUCAUGCAGUGACUGUGGUGAAUAUCCUAGGAAAAGUGAUGGUGACUGCUUGCCUGGAUAAAUUUGUUCGUGUCUAUGAGUUACAGUCCCAUGAUCGACUGCAAGUUUAUGGUGGACACACAGACAUGAUUAUGUGUAUGACGAUCCAUAAGAGCAUGAUUUACACUGGCUGUUAUGAUGGCAGCAUUCAGGCUGUGAGGCUGAAUCUGAUGCAGAAUUACCGCUGUUGGUGGCAUGGCUGCUCUCUGAUAUUUGGUGUUGUAGAUCACUUAAAACAACACUUGCUGACUGACCACACCAAUCCAAACUUUCAGACACUGAAAUGUCGCUGGAAGAACUGUGAUGCUUUUUUCACUGCUAGGAAAGGAUCCAAGCAGGAUGCAGCAGGACACAUUGAACGGCAUGCCGAAGAUGACAGCAAAAUUGAUUCAUGAAGUUUUUUGCCUCCCAUGCUGGGAAGUCAUUAGUGAACUAUUUUCAUAUUGGCCUCUCACAUGGGCCACCCUCCUUCCGUAGGGAAGCUGGGAAGGAGAAAGUGGUUCCCAGCCAGUCCUAUCACUAGCAAAGUCUGGGCAGCUCUAGGAAAUGAUAGGUUGCGAUUCAAGUUUGUGCUGGAGCAUAGAAACAGUGAAGGUUAAACAUUUUAAGGAGCCCUACUCCUCUGGGACAGAAUGACAUACAGUGAUUGAUGCUGCUCACACCAUAGGUGUUGAUUAAAGAUCCAGAUGUUAAUUAGUUACCCAGUUUGGCCCUAAUCAUACGUAUAUUUUAUUGAUUCCAUUUGUGGUUUCUGCUUUAUGUUCUUGUGAUGGUUUAUGCUAGAUUUUCAGGAUCAGUUUUUCUUUCCCUUUUUGUAAUAACUGGGUAUUUAAAAUUAAGUGGAAAACAAAUAGUUUUCUUCCUUAAUACUUAUGUGUACUGUUUCACGAUUCUGUUUUGUAGAUGGACAAAGCUGGCUUUAAGUGCUUAAGGACAGACACAUGGUAGAGUUUUGAAAUUAGCUAGAGUGGCUGCUCUGCCUGCUGUAUUUAGAAUUCAGAUGAGACCCAUAAUGCUAAGUCCCUAGAGACAGCAUUUCCCAGUGGACUUCUAUGCAGGUUUCACUGCAGUGCUCAGUGGGAUGUCUGCCCUCAGUUUUGCUGUUAGGCCUGGGCGCUCCCUGUUGCAGGUGAUGGAUGGCAGCUGUUUGAACUGAGAUGUACUUUUAUCUUCCUUCCCAGCUUUUGACUCUCCAAGUCCCAUGUGACUUGGAAACCUUUUGCCUUGCUCCACUGCCGGCCCACAUCUCUCUCACCAUCUAACUGUGCCUGGAAGGAUGGCACGCAAGGCUCACAGGGUGCUUGGUGUCCACCCUCAGGACCCCAGGUAGUGUAGUUGGAAGAAGCCUCUGGAUUCAGUUAGGGCCUCAGGCAGGCUUCCUAGAUACUUACCUUCUGAAGCCAUGUCUGCCUUCACUUUCCUGCCAGCGGGGAAAGGACUGGAGUACAGUGAAGGAAAAGACUACCAUGGAGAACAUCCAUGUCACCAAGUCUUAGUGACAUUUCUUUGUUCUUUGAUUUUCUUUAGAUUGGUCAGUAAAACUAAACAAGUGUUACUCUCUAAUCUCUUGUUUCUGGAUUCUCUAAACUUUGAUUCUUCAGAAAGAGAAGGAACAGGAGCCUCAUGUCACACAACCUAGCUUCAGGAUGUGAUGCUUAGUUACUGUGACUACAGUCUCCAGGUUUGUCUUUGAUCUAUGUUUGAGCCUCCCCUCAGGCUUUAGGGCAGGCUGACUUCACAAGAGAUUGGUAGAUAGGCUGAAAAGGGUCUAUAAGCCCUCUAAAAAUAGUAUAGAAGACUGUCAUUUUUUCUAGGAGCUGCUCCAGUGGUUCUUACUGGAUUCAUAUUAAGAACUAAACAAGGAGCCCAUACUAGAUAACAUGGCCUCACAGUGAUUUUCUUGUUUUAUAUUAUAUGGGAAAACUCUUGUGUUAGCCACAUGACUUAGGUGUGAAGACAGCAACACUGUGUGAUGGUGAAGAAAACUGAGAAGAGCUUACAGAUAAAGUGUAUUCACGCUUCUGUGUGAGAUUAAGAUACUUUCUCUACUUCUCACUUCCAUUUCCCCUAAGGGUGACCAGAGAAGCCACACUUUUCAGUGAGUCUGGGAAGUUUUUUCAUAGGAAAGUUCAUUUGGGUUUAUUGUGAAACCUGGCAUUGUCCUCUGAGCUGGAGUGUCACUGCAUUUCCACAUUGGCAGGGCAGUGUGUUCCAGUACUGUGCUACACAGGUGUCCUGUCCACCCAGAGGAAUGUCUAAAGUGAUGAGAGUAGCAGGGCCUUUGCACAGCAGGGAAGGAGAGCAUAAGGUGUUGAACAGUAGUGAGGAUAGGAUCAGCAAGAACUGUGAUUGGGUUUAACUUGGUAGCAUGGUGUGCAUGUGUCUGCCUCUGCGUGUGUGAAAGUUCCUUUGUUUGCGUGUAUGUGUGUGGGCACCCACACUUGUCAUGUUUUUCCUCAUUUCAUAGUUUUCUUUGAAGCAGUAACAGUAAUGAGCUCUUUUAAAAAACGUGAACUUCUUUUCAAUAUCAGGUUAAUGUGUUCUCUAGUGUGAAGUGGUGUAGCCCUGUGUUGAGAAGUAAUCCUUACAGUUACUACCUGUAAGUGUCUUGAAAGUUACAUGAAAACAAGCUACUUUUUAAGACAUUCAUACAGAUGAUCCAGCCUCUGUUUCCCCUCACAGAAGGGCAGCUCAGGCCUGUGCUGACUGUUGUUUAGUAGUUUGAUGAAAGACGGAAACUGUCCAAUAACCUGCCAAAACCUAACACAUCUCUUACAAGUAGUUGAAGGUCAUUUUUUUAAUGGUAUUUUUGUUUAUGUUCAUCUAAGGCUGAAAGCCAAGAAAACCUUAUAAAAAUAAAUCCUUUUGUAUAUUUGAAUGAGUGUUUUCAAUGGCAGUCCUGAUAAACUACCGGCCACUUUCCGUUUUUUGAAAGUUUUUAAUUGGUUCGAACAUGUUUUUGGUAUACUCAUUUGUUCACUGUACACCAUGCAAAUAAAGGAGCAAAGAAUUUUCUUGUGCUGACAUUACUUAAGUUUGGAAAGUCAUUAUUUACCAUUGCACUCCUGCCUCUGUAUGGAAAGUUUCUCAGAAGUUAGCAGUUGAGUGUUUGAGUUCAUGAACUACAUGUAAUUCAAGGCAAUUACUGUUUAAGACUGCUGUCUUAACAAAGGUUUUGUUGUUGUUUUUCUGGGAGAUUAUUUAGUGGAUGUAAUUGAAGGCAAUUACUGUUUAAGAUUGUUGUCUUAACAAAGGUUUUGUUGUUUUUCUGGGAGAUUAUUUAGUGGACAACUUCAUUGACUAGGCAUGUGGCUGGCUUGGUGGGUGUAGGUGUGCACGUAGAGGAUUGGCAUGAUAUAUUUUCUGGAAGAAUUUAUUGGAGAGGAAAUUGAAGUACAUUGUGAAGUGGAAUUUGAACAGUGCAUACAUCCUGGUUUGUUUAAAAGAUUGCAGUUCACAUAUGCUUACUUGGCAAAUUUGUUUCUGCUACUUAGAGAACAGUUCCUAGAAUUAUUAUAAAGACUGUGCCUGACACACUUCUGGAAUGAUGUUUUCAUCCCUGCCUGUCACUUAGGACCCUUGAGGUUUGAGAGAAGUGGCCCAGUGGCUAGUGAGAAGCAAGCUGUGGAGUGGGUACUCGGGGUUACUCUCAGUCCCACAUGCAGAUGGAUGUUGAAUCUUCAUGCAAACAAACCAAAUACUUAACCAUUUUCACCUCCAACCCCAAGUAACUGGCCCUGCUGGGUCACAUGGUGACUGAAGUUUCCCAGAUUUGCUCAAAAUUCAAGGUAGUACAAAUGAAUGGGUAGAGGGUCCAGGAGGAAAGGCGUUAGGAAGUAGGUGCCCCAGAGCCGCUCCAGCACUGUUGCUUUCUGAGUUUUUAAAAUAUUGGUAACAUUUGACUGCAAAAAUGUUUCUAAACAAAUAGCCUUCUUACAUUUUGGUAUAAAGCUGUGAACUUCCUAACUUUGUAAAGUGACAUGUAAAGCAAAUACAAGAGGAAAAUAAAGUACUUUUACUAAUUGAC